GUAUGUGCAAUACAUAACGAUUUUGGACUCAACCGCGGAUGUACUAUCAUGACGCUUUGUGUGUAUUUUGGACUUCUCUUUAUAUUUACAGUGUUCAAUCGGUUAAGCUUGACAGAACCUAAACGAUGGAUUAAAACCGUUCUCGUGAAUGAAAUUUAAUCGGUAAACGGAAAGUUAUUCGGCAAAAGUGAUUUGAAUCGUGGUGAAUGAAACGAUAUUAAACGGUGAAGUGAAGAAGGAGAAUCUUUCAGAUCUGAGAAAGAUUUUUAGUCAUUUCGAAUGGAUACACAACCUCUCUACUGAAUGGUUUUCAUCUUACUGGGUUUACUUUGUCGUAAGAUAGAUAUUUAACAAUUGUAACUUUUCUUUAUAUUACACAAUUUUAUAUUUUUUCUUCUACUAUAACGAAAGUACAUUAGAUUAAUGAUGAGUGAUGGUAAGAAGGUAGGUGAAAAUUCCAGUAGUGAGGUUGUUAACCUAUUUCGAAGCUGUAGGGAUCUUAGUGACAUCGUACCUCUAUAUACACCACGAGCACUUUACUUAAAGCCAGUUGCAAAGAUAAAUGUUUCUGUUAAUCUUCCUCAACUGAAAGUUCCAGGAAAAACAAUAUCAACAUGGGAAGUAAUGGAGAAGAUUCGUGCCUUUAUACUACCAGACGAGUUUGCAUCUCUGAAGGUAGCCAAGAGUACAUUGGAAUUUAUCAGAUUGGAAGGAGACUUGCAAGACAGAUGCAGACUGCAGCGUGUACUUGCAAGAUUAGACUCUCAACGUUUAAAUUUAUCCGGAUUUCCCAAUGUGUUAAAAGUCCGUGCAGCAGAAGCAAAGGAUGAUUUUCCUACAAGGCAUAGCUGGGAUUCAUAUUUCAGAGAUGCUAAACAUAUGAAUGAAUUAAAGCCUGGAGAAAGGCCAGAUACUAUACAUAUAACAGGUUUGCCUGUUAAAUGGUUCACCGAGGAUGGAGCAACAAUGCCUAGUGAAUCCUUGAUUAACAAAAUAUUUAGAAAAUGGGGAAUACUUAGAAGAAUAGAUGUUCCUGCUGCUGAUCCCUAUAGAUCUAGAAUGCGUCUGGGCACAAAUAUAAAUAAAUUUAGUUAUGAAGAUGGCAUAUUUUUUGAUGCUUACAUUCAAUAUGUUGAAUAUAUGGAUUUUGUUAGAGCUAUGGAUGCAUUGCGUGGCAUGAAACUUCUUAAAAAAGAAGGAGACAAAGCAUUUACGGCCGCUAUUAAGAUUACGUUUGAUAAAACAAAACAUAUGAGUGAUAGUACUGUAGCACAUAGAGAAUUUGAAAGAAAACGUCUUAUAGCACAGGAUACAUUAGCAGCAGAACGAUUACGUAGAAAAGAAGAAGCUGAAGAGAAACGUCGUGAGGAACUAAAGAAGAAAGAAGAGGCUGAAGCAAUAGCUAAAGAAAAUAGACGAAAAAAACGAGAAGAGAAACGAAAGCGUAAAGCUAUAACUAUAUUUCGAAAGAAGGAAGAAGAUAAAGUAUCUAUGAAAAUUGCCAGAGAAGGGCAAAAAUUAAUAAAAGCACAAAGACAGCUUGAAAGCAUUCGUCUUUUGGAUGAAUUAUUUGAUAGAAUAAAGAUAAAAGUGGAGAAUAAUGAAAUUAAUAUAGAUGAGGUAACAAACAUAGAUGCAAAAAAGGAAGAGAAAAAGAAUAAUAAAGUAGAUGGUACAAUUGAAAUAUUAAGUUCAGAAGAAGAUUCAAAAGAUGGAAAAAAAGAUAAAAAAAUUAAAAAAUUAAAGAAGAAAAAAUCUAAAAAACGAAAAAAGGGAAAAAAUUCUGAAAAUUCUGUAAGUCAAAGUGAAGAAUCGGGUGAGGAGCAAACAAAAAAAUUAAAAAGUGUUUUAAAACAAAAUAUUACAUAUCCAUCAUCAUCAACAGCACCUGCACCUUUAGAAUCCCUUUCUUAUCCACCGCUUUAUCCACGUUUUCCACAACCAUGGUAUUACGAUGCUACUUUACCUAUGAUUUACCCUAGUUUGCCAAGAGGUAUGCCUAGGAGUGGUCGUUUCUUACGAGGAAGAGGUAGAGGAUUUUCAUGGCGUAAUGCUGCAAAUCAUCGUACAUUACAUACGUUUAACCCUCAUUUGUAUAACGAGCAGUAUUACAAGUACUUUGCUCAUUUAGUAGGUCAGGAUUAUCGCGCUUUCGAUUAUAGAAGUUCACGGUCACGAAGUCGUAGUAGAUCGAGAUCAAGAUCAAGAUCGAGAUCUAGGUCAAAAUCACGAUCGAAAUCCACGAGAUCAAGAUCUCGUUCGAAAUCAAGAUCAAAAUCACGGGACAAAUCGAGAUCGAAAUCACGAUCAAGAUCGAAAUUGAAAACUAGAUCGAGAUCUCGAAGUAGAAGACGAAGUAGAAGCAAAAGUAGAUCACGUUCGAAAAAACGACGAGGAAGAUCAAAGUCAAGAUCGAAAUCUGCAACAAGGAUGAGAUCUCGAUCACGACGAUCAAGAUCAAAGAAAAGAACUCGUUCGAGAAGUCGUUCUAAUUCUUGGAACAAUAGCAAACAUCGCUAUAGACGUAGGCGCGAAAGAUCGGUAUCAAAGGUGAAGGUCACAAGAGCUAAAUCUCGCAGUGGAUCUCCUAAGAGAAGAUCUCGUAGUAGUACAUGGUCUAUGCCUAAAUCUCCCGGUAGAAGAAGUUGCUCCUGGUCAAAAAAUGCGGAUAUCGUUAGCAACAAAACGGAUACCGAUAAAUCGAUAUGUGCAACGGAGCAAAAAAUUGGAAACAAAGAAUUGUCACAAGCUUCUCAUUUGGAGAAUAUAACUUCCGAUUGAUAAGAACCGAAGAUAAGAUCUAGAUCUUCCAUUUUAUUUCUUUAAUACUUUUACGUAAAUGAAGCGUAUUUAUUAACGCUUUGUACAAAAUCUGUAUGAAAUCUGUAUGAAUCCGUAAUUAUGUACUCGUAAUUGUAUAUUCGCGUUCGUAGUAAUUCUUUGAUAAAAGGAGAUAUAUAUUUUUAUUCUCAGACUGGCUCUUCCUGAUUUUAGAUGAUUUCUUAUAGUAUAAUCUAUAGGAAUGAAAAUAUGUAAGUGAAUCACUUAUACACGCGCAAAGUAUUGCUAAUGUUCGAAUCCUGUGGAUAUUUGAACUCUGAAUGUGUAUUGUACAUAUUGUUAUGAAUGGUCAAAAAAAUAAUAAUAGAUAAGAAUGCUGCAUUUUUAUCUCAAGAUUAAGAAUAAAUAUAUAAACAUUAACAUAUUAAA